AUGACAUCCCGAGCCGACCUCAUCGCAGAUGUCGUCAUCAACCAAUUUAACAAGCUACCGACCAAGCGAAAGCCAGGCAUCCGCGACAAUGGUUUUCACGAAUGGGUGCCCCUGAGCGGCAUCGUCGCCGAGGAAGAUGGACAUCUCACUUGCAUCGCUCUUGCGACUGGCAUGAAAUGCCUCCCCACGUCAAAGCUGCCCGAGGCCAAUGGCAAUGGAAUCCACGAUUGGCACGCAGAGAUACUUGCCAUACGGACGUUCAACAGGUUUCUAUUGGACGAGUGCAGGGCGCUGAGCGCAGGCAAAGCUGGGAAUGGCUUCGGAGUGCUCGAAAGCUGCGCGUCUAAGCCUGACGCGCGUGUGUCUACAUCGCGGGCUCCGUUUCGCGUCAGGGAUGGAAUCUUGCUUCACAUGUACUGCUCCGAAGCUCCCUGCGGCGAUGCAAGCAUGGAGCUCACCAUGGCCGCGCAAGACGACGCCUCCCCCUGGCCGACUCCAGACUACGCGCCCGCAUCCGCCGCCGCCAGCAGCGACGCCACGCUCCCCGGGCGUGCCUACUUCUCGCAGCUCGGCAUCGUGCGGCGCAAGCCCGCCCGCGGAGACGCCCCUCCCACGCUCUCCAAGUCGUGCUCCGACAAGAUUGCGCUGAAGCAGUGCACGUCGCUGCUCUCCUCGCUAGCCGCGCUGCUCGUCGAUCCGAAGGGCGCGUACAUCGACAGCCUCGUGCUGCCCCUGUCGCAGUACUCGAGCACCGCGUGUGAGCGCGCGUUCGCGGCCAGUGGGCGGAUGGGGGCGGUCGCUGGGGAGAAGGGCUGGUCGGGCGGGUACGGGUUCAGGCCCUUUGCGGUGGAGACGACGACGAGAGAGUUUGGCUUCUCUCGGCGGGCGGUGCAGGCUCGCGCGGAUAAGAUCUCGCCGAGCAACCUCGCCGCGGCGUGGUCGCUCUCGGGCUUCGAGGAAUCGAUCCUGGGUGGCGUGGUGCAGGGGAGGCGGCCUUUUGACCCGCGGGGGGCGAGUCGCAUGUCACGACGGCAAAUGUGGGUACUGGCUAGAGAAGUCGCCAGCCAGCUGCGCGACCACGACGACAUCAAGCACUGUCUAGAUGGCAGAUCAUAUCAGGAGGUAAAGCACGGGCCGCUCCUGGCCACGAGGAGGGCCGUCAAAGCCGAACUCCGUGGCACCGCACUGGCCGGCUGGGUGAUCAAUGACGGAGACUCCGGCUUCGGCAUAGACGUCGGCGUAUGA